AUGUCGCCGCAACCCACCAAAACCGCCAAACCGCCCCCGAAAACCGUCGCAGAUUUCACCGUCCUCCCCCUCACCCUCCCCCCGCUCCCAGGCCUCCCCGACCAAUGCUCUGUCGCAAAACACUACAUAUACAUCAAACCGCACACGCCCUCCGUCCCAACCGCCUCCUCAGACCGCAGCCUCUUCAUCGCCAACCUCCCGCCCGACGCCUCCGAAACCUCACUCCGCACGCUCUUCUCCUCGCAACUCGGCGGCUCAAUGAUCGAGCGCGUAGACUUUGACGCCUCUGUGCCUGCGGAGCCGUUGCACAAGCGGUGGAAGAGCGAGGCGGGCGGCACGGCUGCUGUGCAGGGAAAGAAGAGGAAAAGGGGGGUGGAUGAUAAAGAGAUUGUAGCGGAGGGUGUGGUGGAGGAUGCCGAGAGUGCGUUACCCCCGCUUUGGAGCAGUGGGAUACGCAGGAGUGGGAGUGCGGGGGUUGUGGUGUUUGUGGAUGGGAAGAGUGCGAGGGGGGCGGUGAGGGGGGUGCAGAGGGUGGUUAAGGAGGGG